AUGGCCUUGACAAUUUCCCGAGUCUCUUUUGAGCAUUACCGUACUGCCCUGGGGAUUGCCGAGACUGAACCACGAAUCUCUUGGAGAUUUGAUGGAGACGUUGCGAAUUGGGAACAGAGCUCAUACGACAUUGAAGUUACUCGGAGUAUCAAGGCUGAGUCUAAAUCCUUUUCUUUCAAUUCUUCCGAUUCACUUUACCUUCCUUGGCCGGACGCGCCCCUAGACGAAGCCGAACUUGCACAUCUUAGGGUUCGCGCGCAUGGGAUUCAGUCCUCAACACCCUGGUCCGAUUGGGUGUCUGUCGAAACAGGUCUCUCCAAGAAAAGCUGGGAGAAUGUCACACCCAUUGCUUCAACCAUCAAGGUCAACGUGAGUGAACCGAAAAGGCCUGUGUACUUCAGAAAGGACUUUGCAGUACCUGAUAGUUUCGAAUCGGCGAGGCUUUAUAUCACCGCGUUAGGUAUUUAUGAAGCCGAGAUCAACGGGAAGCGAGUCGGAGAUCACGUCUUAGCCCCAGGGUGGCAGUCGUACCAUCACCGUCAUAUAUAUGACACGUAUGACGUUACUGACCUUAUUACUCCCGGCGCGAAUGCGGUUGGAGCACUGGUUGGUGAAGGAUGGUAUGCGGGACGCUUAGGGUUUGGCGGAGGACAACGAAAUGUUUACGGGAACUCAACGGGUGUCUUGGCGCAACUUCACAUCAAGUUGAGGAAUGGCACUGUGUCCAAGGUUUAUACCGACACGAGCUGGAAGUCAGGAUUCGGACCAGUUGUUGACGGAGAGAUCUAUGAUGGAGAACAUUAUGACGGUAAUCUCGAAACUGAGAUUAAAGGAUGGUCAGAGCCCGGAUUCGUCGACGCAUCCUGGUACGAUACUUGCGCCCUUCCAUCACUUGACAGGGUACUCGUCCCGCCAGACCAACCUCCUACCCGACGAAUUCAAGAGGUCAAACCAACAGAGUUCUUCAAGUCACGAUCUGGGAAGCAGCUUGUCGACUUCGGCCAAAAUCUGGUCGGUUGGCUGCGAUUAAAGGUUGACGGGCCUGCCAACACAACUAUCACAUUGAGGCAUGCAGAAGUUUUAGAAGACGGAGAACUGGCCCUCCGACCGCUUCGAAAAGCCAGGGCCACAGAUACAGUCAAGCUAGGCGGAAAGGGCCUUCUUGAGUGGGAGCCGAAGUUUACUUUUCACGGUUUCCGCUAUGCUCAGAUUGAUGGAUGGCCCGAGGAAACAUCGCUGGAUGAGAACAGUGUUACAGCGAUUGUUGUCCAUACUGAUAUGGAGGAAACGGGCUACUUUAACUGUUCACAUGAACUGUUAAACAAAUUCCAUUCCAACGUUCGCUGGUCAAUGAAGGGAAACUUUCUUUCUAUUCCUACGGAUUGUCCUCAGCGUGAUGAACGUCUUGGAUGGACUGGAGACGCCCAUGCAUUUUGCCCGACAUCCAACUAUCUCUUUGACACAGCAUCAUUCUGGAAGAGCUGGCACAAGGAUGUGUGGUCUGAAAUGGCUAUUAAUGAUACCAUGAUUGCCCCGUUCUUCGUCCCUACCGUUCCCUCGGCAUUUGGGACACUGCCAGCUCCUGCUUCAGUAUGGGGAGACGUCGUAGUCUCUAACCCAUGGAACAUCUAUCAAGCAUUUGGUGACAAAGGACUUUUGCAGGAACAUCUUUCUCAGUCCCAAGGCUGGAUAGAUAAAGGUAUUCCCAGAAAUGAGGUCGGUCUAUGGAAUCGCAGUACUUUCCAGUUUGGGGAUUGGCUAGACCCCCUUGCCCCAUCUGAUGAUCCUGGAGGUGCAACGACUAGCAAGUUUCUUGUGUCAGAUGCGUACCUGGUUAGGAUGACUGAGAUCCUCACACAUAUUGUUACUGCGCUUGGAAAGGUGGACCUGGUUGACAAAUACAAGGCACAACAUUUGGACCUAAAGAGCGAGUUCCAGAGAGCUUGGACAACGGAUGGAGAGUUGGCAAAUAGGACCCAAACCGCUUACGCAUUGUCUGUGGGCUUUAAUCUCUUCAAGGAUGAAGGACAAAGACAAGAGGCAGCGGAAACAUUGCGUGAGAUCAUCCGAGAGAACGACUAUCUUGUCGGGACUGGAUUCGCAGGUACGUCGCCUCUCGGCUUCGCUUUGAAGGAUGCCAAUGCCACGGACGAUUUCUACCGAAUGCUCCUUCAGGAGAAGGUCCCUUCAUGGUUAUAUCAAGUCGCCAUGGGUGGUACAACGACCUGGGAAAGAUGGGACAGUCUCCUGCCGAACGGUACAGUCAACCCAGGCGAGAUGACCAGUUUCAAUCACUACUCUUUUGGGUCUGUUGCGACUUGGAUGCAUCAAGUCAUUGGGGGAAUUGCGCCCCUCGAGCCAGGUUAUAAGGUAAUCUCUAUUGCGCCUAUUCCAGGAGGAAACAUUACACAUGCAAGCGCAAAGCUUGUUACUGGAUAUGGUACAGUCUUGACGGAUUGGAACUUAACGGAUGCGGGAUUCCAUUUGAAAGUGAGGAUUCCACCAAACACUAAGGCUAAAAUCACCCUGCCUGCGACAGAUAAGACGGAAAUUGUUGGAUCUGGCUUACAUAAGUUUCACCAAUCGACCUGA